AGUUUUCACAGUUUUUUAAUAUUACGCUUCACCAAUGAAAAAAAUGUCAAAGUAAAUAAACAAGUUAUUUACAAAUUUUAACGGAAAGAGAUUUCAGAAAUUGAAUAUUACAAAGUUAAGCAUGGAAAACUGCCACAGUGUUAAUUCAUGCAGAAGAUCUCUUCCAUCCACAAAGAAGCAUUGAUUUAUCUUUCAUACACUGUGAAGCAUUGCAUUACAUUUUAUCCAAAGUUGAGCAUUGACAUACCUUUAAGACAACAAGUAAGAUGGGGAAUGGCGCAUCAUUUCUACGUUCCCAAGAUGAUGAUGAUAUACUCGGUACAGAUUUGGAUGGAAGCAGUAAAGGUGUCAUUAAAAGGAUCCCUAUUGAGAUGAAACCUAGGGGUAAACUUGGUAACAAGAUAACAAAUUCUGUUCUCAGGAAACCAAAAGGAGGAAGCCUUAGGUCGGCUUUAUCCAUAGAUUUAGAAAAUCCUGAAGUUGAGCGUAUACGUAGAGAAUAUGAAAUUUAUCGUCUUAACACAGAAAAUGAAAUACAGAAUACGUCGAGAGAAAAAACUAAACUAGAAACUGACAAUAAACGUUUGCGAGCAGAAUUAACCGUAUUACAACGUACAUGUAACAACAUGAGGCAAGAGAGAGAUGCUGCUUACGAAGAAAAACUUCAAGCCUUGGCGAGGGCCGCAGCUUUUGAACAUGACAGGGACAAAGUUCAGAGAGUAUUUAAGAUAUUUCGAGAAACAAAAGAGAGCGAGAUACAGAAUUUACUGCGAGCAAAACGAGAACUAGAGAACAAAUUGAGCAAGGUUGCCCACGGUUACUUACCAGAAGAUACUGACACCACAUCUAGAACCGGCAUUGACAGUAACAGUAGUCCGGGUGAUUGGUGGACGAACGUUGAGUCCGAGUCAUCUAUGGGUAGUACCGUACAGUUGCAUCAGAGCACGUUGAGAGGACCGGAGUUUGCCAGCAGUAUGAUGGAGUUUGACGGACCGUUUACUAAUGUUAAUAAAGAGGAUUGGUCAUCAGCUCUCGCCACGUUAAACCAGAUUGUUCCUAUUAUACCAGAGCAGUCAUUGAGCUGUUCUCUAAGAUUGUAUAUAUCAGCACCUAAAGAUGCCCAAUCUGAGGUGGACAUGUUUAUGAAGGAAUAUAGACCAAGACUUAGCUCACUGUGUAACAAAGAAGGUAGAAGUUUGGUCACUAUACAUUUACAAUAUGAUGACCAGGACAAUAAUCUGGAAAUGCAGCUAAGAUGUAGAAAACACCAUGCACAGAAAUCUUCUAUAUUCCUUGCUUUCCUGGGAGAUAACUCUAACAGAUUUACAGCUUUAGAAUAUAAAUGUGGACAUUUAGAUCACCCUGGAAAUAAAACAGCCAUUUUCUGUUUUAGAGAAAUAAAAGGGUCAAAGUCAAAUUCUGAAGCGCGUGAGUUACGGAACCAGGUUAGAGACAGUGGAAGUGCCAAAAUUAUAGAUGGGUAUCCAAUGGCAACCAAAGGGGCGGAGCUAGCUUACAAGGAACUUGAGAAAAUCAUUGAAAUAGAGUUGGGUUUGGAGAGCAAGAAGACAGAAGAUGAUGAGUUUGAGGUUAGAGAAGGUGAUAUAACAGAUAUGAAGGUGGAUGGCGUGUUUGAUGCUAAUUAUAACUAUGAACAGAUGGAGGCAUUUAACUAUGCUGUCAAGUCAAGCUGCGAACUCAACUUUGAAAAGCACUAUGAGAGAUUAAAUGCUCAUGUAUUAUCGGCUGGACCAUUACCUCCCUUGCUGAUAUUAAGUCCAUCAGGAGCUGGGAGAUCUCUUCUUCUAUGUAAAUGGAUACAAUUACAAAUAGAGAAAGCACCAGGCAGUGUGGUAUUACAUCAUUUUGUAGGGUCAGAUAACUCCCUGUCAGCUGAUCCUGUUGUAAUGAUAAGAAGAAUUACAUCCCAGCUAAUGCAACAUGUGACCUCACCUCCAUCCUUGACCUUUGACCCUACUCGACUUGUAGAAGAGUUCCCAAGAUGGCUGGAGAAGAUUUCAUCAAGAACUAAUGGUGGAGUGAUAUUGGUGUUAGAUUCUAUAGAUAGAUUUCAUCAAGCUGAGACUCACCUGAAAUGGUUGCUAGAUCCUUUACCUGUAGAUGCCAGAGUUAUUGUAUCAGCCAGUGAAGAAACCUGCCCUCAGUCCUGGAGAUCGUGGCCAACACUUCAAGUUGAACCCCUCAGCAACAAGAAUGUGAAGGAAUUGUUGAGAGCAGAACUUGUCACCCUCGGUGCCUCGUUGAACAAUGAGGAUGAGACUAAAGUACUCACACAUUGUAGAAACAACCCAACCUGUAUACCUCUAUAUGUCAUGGUGCUCUCUAGACAUACUGCAGAUUGUUCAAAGAAUGAAUCAAAAGUAACGAAGCAUCUAGAUGCCUUGCUCACAUCGUCUGAUUGUGUAGGACUGUAUAUAAAGGUGUUAGAACUGGUCAAAACUGACCUUGAGAGCCAGGAAACACGAGGAUUUACCAGAAAUGUGUUAAGAUAUCUGUAUGUUAGCCGAGGUGGUCUCAGUGAGAAUGAGUUAUUGGAGUUGGUGCCUGGUUUGACAUGGAGUUUCCUGGCACCUUUCUGUUAUUUGAUGCAUGAACAUCUUGUGCUGAAGUACCAAGGGGGACUACUCAUGUUUGCUCAUGAACAGGUUAUAAAAGCUGUACAUGAUUUCUGUUUUGGUAAAGAUGAACAGAAAGUGAUCUCACAAAUAAGGCAAGAUCUCAUCCAACAUUUCCAGUCACAAAUGAGUGGUACGAAGGCAAGUUGUCGUGUGUCAGAAGAGUUACCAUGGUUACUGUGUCAGGAGGGAGAAAAAGAAGAUUUGAAAUCUUGUAUAUUAGACAUGUUUGUGUUCCAGAAAAUCUGUGCAAGGGGAAGAUUAAGAGAAUUAUUACACUACUGGAGUUAUAUGGGUGAAGACAAAGCCAACAUGGCAAAAGCGUAUCUCUCUGCCACAAAACAUAUGGAGGACUCUGUAAGUCAAUAUAAUGGGCAGGUAACUCUACCAGAUAUUGCAGACUUGUAUGAAACACUAGGAAAAUUUCUCAAGGACCUUGGUCAACUCAAUCAGGCUCUUUCAGCACUACAGAGGGCGUUAGAGGUACGAGAGACGGCCCUAGAUCCAGAUCAUCCAAUAGUAGCUCAUUCUUUACAUCAACUUGCCAACCUACACGCCCACUGGAACAAAUACCCCACUGCGGAAGCUCUAUUCAAGCAGGCGUUGGAAAUAUACCAGAACGCUUUCACUAGUGAACAUGUUAUGGUUGCUAAGGAACUAGACGCUCUUGCUAUACUGUACCAGAAACAGGACAAGCAUGACCAGGCAGAUCCUCUCAGAAAGAAAGCUAUGUCAAUAAGAAGAGGUACCAGAACACCUAGAUCAGCCACACCAAGAGCUCAGGGAAUGGAACCUUUGCGUAAGCGGACUCUACAGCUGGAGGGUCUGUGUAUGGGCUCAGACUCGGCUGACCUGGCCAGAACAUUGAAUGAAAUAGGUGUACUGCAUUAUUUACAGAAUGAUUUUGACAAUGCUGAAUCAUUCUUUAAAAGAUCUCUCGAGAUGAGAGAGAACGUGUUAGGACCCGACCAUCUGGAUCUCUCCCAGUCACUUAACAACCUGGCCGCCUUGUAUAAUGAUAGAAAACUUUACUCCAAGGCAGAACCUCUGUACGAAAGAACUUUGAAAAUACGCAUGAAGAAUCUCAACUCUGAUCAUCCAAGUAUAGCAUCUGUGAUCAAACAUUUAGCUCUUCUUUAUAGAAAACAGGGUAAAUUUGAGAAGGCUGAACCAUUAUAUGUACAAGCUGUUGAGAUUAGAGAAAAGUCAUUCGGACCUCAACAUCCUUCUGUAGCCACAGCUUUAGUUAACCUGGCUGUUCUAUACUCACAACAGAACAAGCAUAAUGAAGCAGAACCAUUAUAUACUAGAGCAUUGAAGAUAUAUGAGGAGAGUCUGGGAGCACACCAUCCUAGAGUAGCCGAGACACUACGCAACCUUGCUGUUCUUAAAUAUGAUCAAAAAGAUUUUGAGACUGCAGCUAAACUGUAUAAACGUGCAACAGAGAUUAAAGAAAAUGACGGUUCCUAUGCAGGGAAAGAGUUAAUAUCCCGUCGUAGUUCAAGUGGAGAAACAAAUUCAACUGUUAAAAAUCUGUUACAUCCUUGAUAAUCAUGAGACAGCCAUCACUAAUGUGAGGCAAUGAACAUUUUAUUAAUCAGCGCAAAAAAACUUGUGGGAGAUGUUUAUUUGACACUGCAAAAUCAUUAUCAUUUGAGAGGAACUAAUUUUCGUGGUUUAUCGUGGAUAGGUCAAUCAACGAGUUUAAGAUACAAAGAAAUUUCUUUUUAUCUUCUGUAAGAUUAUUGCAUGACAUUACAUGUAUUUACAUUUUUACCUUUUGGUAAAAUAAACUGUCCAUGAAUUUAAGAAAACACAAACAUGUUAUUUGUGACAAUAUCACGAAAUUUCAUGCCCACAAUCCAACAAAUUUUCAUUCUGAUUGCUGUAAGAUUAUUUUGCAUGACCUUAUUUGGAAAAAUAAACAGUCCACGAAUUUAAGAACACAUGAAAAUGUUUUUUGUGACAAAACCACGAAAUUUCAUGCCCACGAAAUUUAGUUAAUUCACAGUACUCAAUAUGAAAACUUGGUAUCAACACAAAUCGUGGUAAUCAUAUAUUGCCAUAUGGCCUGUACUUACGCCUGUCAAAGUUUACCUGUACAUUUUUCAUAUUCUAAAAAUAUACGCACUGUUAAAACAAUAUAACAUCAAAUCGUGAUGAAUUCCAACUUAACUUUGAUAACUUUUGCAAAAUUAUUAUGGAAAGGUUAUUGAAAGAAAAAGAGAUUUAGUCAGUUUAAAUAAUUGUUUUUCUGUUAAUGUCUAAUUUUACACUCUUACUACAUGUAGUAGAUGUUAGUUGAUGACCUACUUAAGUUUGUUGUUGACAUAGUAUGUGGAAAGUGUCUAAAGAAAGCUUAUAUAAUGUAACCUACUUGAUCAUGCUAUUUUGUAACUUGUUAGGCAGUAAAUAAAGCAACAAAACACUUUUACAUUUUGAAGAAUCAUUGAUGAUAAAAAAAAGUUAUUGCUCUUUUUAUAUGUGAAACAUUUCCAGAAGCCAAAAUAGGUGAAAUGACUUAUGUUUACAAGUGAUCGAAGUUGUUAACUUUGAAAUACUGCAUGAAUAUAUUUUUUUAUGUCAUUGAAUAAUCCGU